AUGUCAAAAUUGACAAUAAAAAUAGCAACACCUGAUCCUGAUGGAAACUUAUGUUUGGACAUCAACCCCAAUGAAAAAUUAAGUGUCACACGAUUAAUAUCUAUUUUUCCCCGCAUUGGCGGGUUGAAAUAUAAAAACCAAACAACUGAUGAAUGGAUGCUUGUUCCAGUAGUUGACGGGUACUUUGAACCAUUUGAAAACUGGUAUUCGGAUGUGGUUUAUUUUCCUGUGUAUCCUGUUGUUCCUGGUGCUGCUGCUCCUACAACAACAACAAUAACAACACCAACAACACCAUCUAUUCAACAAUCUACGUGUUUUAUGGAGAAGGUUGACUGGGCACCGGUGAUGGCUUCAGUGAGCACCACGGCUUUGAUUAACUUAAUAAUAGAUGUUAUUCGGUGGGCCUUAGCCUCGAGUGAUCCAUUAUGA